AUGCCACCAGCAACAGGAGCACCACAGUACCCACCUCCAGAUGGAGGUUGGGGAUGGGUUGUGGUCUUUGGGGCUUUUAUCUCCAUUGGAUUUUCCUAUGCAUUCCCCAAAGCCAUCACAGUAUUCUUCAAAGAAAUACAAGAAAUCUUCAACACAUCAUAUAGUGAGAUAGCUUGGAUAUCAUCGAUUAUGUUGGCUGUCAUGUAUGCAGGAGGUCCCAUAAGCAGCAUUUUGGUGAAUAAGUAUGGUAGCCGGCCUGUGAUGAUAGCAGGAGGUAUCCUGUGUUCAUUUGGAAUGAUUGCUUCCUCUUUCUGCAAUAGCGUCCUGGAACUUUAUCUAUGUAUUGGAGUCGUUGGAGGUCUGGGCUUAGCAUUCAACUUACAGCCUGCCUUGACCAUGAUUGGCAAGUACUUCUAUAAGAAGCGUCCCAUUGCUAAUGGAUUGGCCAUGGCUGGAAGUCCAGUGUUUCUGAGCACGUUGGCACCUCUCAAUCAAUUCCUCUUUAAUGCCUUUGGUUGGAAAGGAAGCUUUCUCAUUCUGGGAGGACUUCUUUUGAACUGCUGUGUGGCUGGGUCUCUUAUGAGACCUGUUGGACCGAAAACAGUUCCCCCUGUGAAAAAAGAUGUUGAAAAAGGCACAGGAGAUUCUGCCUUGCACAAAAACAACAAGAAAUCUUUUUGGCAAAUGUUGAAUAAAUAUCUAGAUCUAUCCCUCUUCAAACACAGAGGGUUUCUGAUCUAUCUGUCAGGAAAUGUCAUUAUGUUUAUAGGGUUCUUUGCUCCGAUAGUAUUCUUGGCUCCUUAUGCCAAGCACAAGGGAAUUGAUGAAUAUUCUGCUGCUUUUUUGCUAUCUAUCUUAGCCUUUGUAGACAUGUUUGCUAGACCUUCAAUGGGACUCGUAGCAAACUCCAAGUUUAUCCGGCCAAAGAUCCAGUAUUUUUUUAGUUUUGCUGUCUUGUACAAUGGUGUCUGUCAUAUCUUGUGCCCUCUGGCAACGAAUUACACUGGCUUGGUGAUAUAUGCUGUAUUUUUUGGGUUUGCGUUUGGAAUGGUGAGCAGCGUUCUUUUUGAGACAUUGAUGGACCUCGUCGGGGCUGCCAGAUUUUCCAGUGCAGUCGGACUUGUCACAAUCGUGGAAUGUUGCCCUGUGCUCAUAGGCCCUCCUCUAGGAGGUUGGUUAGUCGAUGUUACUGGUGAAUAUCAGUACAUGUAUUUUGUCUGCGGAGUGAUUGUGAUUGUCUCCAGUAUCUGGCUGUUCAUUGGCAAUGCCAUUAACUACAGGCUUUUGGCAAAAGAAAAGAAGUUAGAAGAUGAGAAGCAAAAAGCACGGAAGAAUGCUGACCCAAAGGAAGCAGAACCAUUAACAAACAAUGAGAAUGAAGAUGCUGCCAGCAGAGCUGAUAAAGCUGUUGAAGAUCCUUCAGAAAGAGAAACCAAUAUUUAAGCUACAAUAGAGCUCAGAAGGUGACAUUUAUGACUUCCAUUAGAAAUAUGUCUUCAAGACACAGGCCAGGUUUUGUGGUAAUAAUGAUCAUUCACAAUAUUGGAUGGGAACAGAUUUUUGCCCCGUGCCAAGACUUCAAGUUAAAUUGCUAUCUGCAGUUUAUUUAUUUCAAUGACACAAAAUUGAGAUUACAGAGGUGGUGACUCCAUGCAAAUGAUUCCAUCAAACUAUAACUCUGGACAAUCAAGAGUCAGGUAAACUGUACUGUAAAGCCUUCCAAUGACAACAGUUUUGUUUUAAAACUAUAUCUAAUGCAAAAGUAUCUCUUGCUCUUAUUUGGGAAGAUACUUUGUGUUCAUCUUUAGAAUAUUUUUAAACUCUGUUGAAAUAAUCUGCCCAAACUGUACUUACCACUAAUAUUAAAAAGAGUAUAAGCUCAAAGAUUUGUUUCAAGAGAGAAAAGUAUCUGAGUGAAGCACACUGAAACUUUUUUCUCUUUUCUAUGCCCACUAGAUCAAAAAAAUACAUUAUGUCUGUAUAAAUAAUUAAAAUAUGAACGUAAAAUCUAAGGCUAGAAAAUGAACAAUUGGUGGGCACCAUCUCUAAAAUACAAUAAACAGCUGAACUACAAUAUUCCAGAUGUUGUUACCUCCUGUGAUAGCCGACUACAUUGUACUUCAAAAUACACAUUUGAACAGAAAGUAUAUUCAGACCUCAUUAAUUCAAACUAAGCUAAAAUCUGCCUGUACAUAAAAGGAUUUAAACCCAAGAUUUCAUUGCUAACAAGAGU